GCGGUUACCAUAUCUUGGCGAGUAGUUGCAGACUUGCGAGCCCAGGACUCGUCCACAUCUGUUCCUUUCCGCUCUGCUUCGUUCGUCGUCCCCUUACACCCUUACACUUCUCCUUGUCGCGCCCGGCGGCCGGGCGGCCAUUGACGACUGGAUCCUUCAUUCUUGUUCUUGGGAAGGAAGGACCCAGAGAGACGAGGAGGAGGAAGCGCCGCCAUGACCGGAGGAGGGGAGGAGCAGGGGAGAUCGCUGUUCGGCAUGUCUCUGACGGACCGGCCCAGGUGGCAGCAGUUCUUGAUCUGCUCCUCGGGCUUCUUCUUCGGCUACCUCGUCAAUGGCAUCUGCGAGGAGUACGUGUACAACAGGCUUCAGUUCAGCUACGGGUGGUACUUCACGUUUGUGCAGGGGUUCGUGUACCUGGCACUGAUACGGCUGCAGGGGUUCACGGUGAAGCAGAUGGUGAACCCGUGGCGGACCUACGUGCGCCUCUCGGCUGUGCUCAUGGGCUCCAAUGGCCUCACCAAGGGCUCCCUCGCCUUCCUCAAUUACCCUGCACAAAUCAUGUUUAAGUCAACCAAGGUUCUACCGGUGAUGGUAAUGGGAGCUUUUAUCCCUGGUUUAAGGCGCAAGUACCCGUUCCAAGAGUAUGUAUCAGCCGUGAUGCUCGUCAUUGGCCUCAUACUCUUCACGCUCGCGGAUGCGCAGACAUCGCCUAACUUCAGCUUGGUCGGCGUCGCCAUGGUGUCCGGGGCACUUGUCAUGGAUGCUUUUCUUGGCAACCUGCAAGAAGCAAUCUUCAAGAUGAACCCAGACACGACUCAGAUGGAGAUGCUGUUCUGCUCCACUGUUGUUGGCCUUCCAUUCCUAGCAGUGCCAAUGGUGUUAACAGGUGAGCUCAUGACGGCAUGGACUUCCUGCUCCCAGCAUCUGUACGUGUACGCGGUGCUGGUGUUUGAGGCGAUGGCCACGUUCGUCGGCCAGGUCUCCGUGCUCUCCCUCAUCGCGCUUUUCGGCGCCGCAACCACAGCCAUGGUGACGACGGCGAGGAAAGCAGUGACGCUGCUGCUGUCGUACCUGAUAUUCACCAAGCCUCUGACGGAGCAGCACGCGACGGGGCUCCUCCUGAUAACCAUGGGCAUCGUCAUCAAGCUCCUGCCGGAGAACAAGGAGGGACGUCUGCGCCGGCUGCCGAAGAAGACGGAGGAGCGCUCUGGCGAUGAUGACGACAAGCCCCUUGAGAGCAGAGAAGCGGACGCGGAAAAGGCAAGUUUGGUGUAGUGUGAUAGUGACCCAAGCAGAGCAAAACAGACGCCAGGUCGACCAACAAUCCCAAAUGAAAUUCAGUCAUCCAAAACAACAGUCCCAAAGGAGGAUAGGAUACAUAGAGGAUAGAGCACUACAGGAGUCAAUAACGUCUUUCUUCAUCCCCUCGCUUUUCUCAUGUGCUGUGGUUAAUGUUAAACCGUUAAAGUACAGAUUUGUGCUCUUGCUCUAACGUCUUAAGCUUUUCAUAUAAGGGCCAGACGUCUGAAUUCUAAUUACCUUUA